AUGAAAGUUGUUGCUGUUCCAGUCACCCCCCUCCCCCCUUCAGACGAAUCAACUUACCUCUGUGCUCUUACUUCCGCUUUAGGGUCAAAGGAUGAAAGCAUCGAGAGCAUCAAGGAGUAUGAAGCAAACUUCUUCAGGAAGUCUCGCCUCUUUCGUGAAGGAGCUCUUCGUCUGGAACAGAUGACCACAGAGAAUAUGAGCAAGGCGGUUUCAGAACGGUUUUGGCGAAUGGUCAAGGACUCGGUGGAACAGGAAGCCGAUACCUACCGAGGUAAGGACAGUUUUGGCAUAUCUUUUUGUGCAAUUGGUAGUGUCUACCGUCCAUUAUUUGAUUCUGGCCAGAAUUUAUUCACAGAAAAAUUAGUGGCGGAGAGUUUUCAUACCUCCUAA